CGUCCUUCUACUGACAUGUUGCCUACAUGUAUGAUAUGACAUAGCAUGACAGUGCAUCGAACUUAAGAUUUGAGAUUACAUGUUUUCGAGCAUACGCCAUGGCGGACACUCGUGCCAAGUACCGCACAGAAAUCCAGCAGAUGAUGUUCGUCUCUGGUGAGACGGGAGACGUCUCAUCGGAAACCACGACCAUGAUCGAGAACAUCGUUCAGCAACAAGUCUGGGAAAUGCUUCGACGAGCAACCGACCUCGCAGCACGCCGAGGUGUACGGACGAUCAGCACAGAUGAUCUUAUAUUCCUGAUUCGUCACGACAAGGCAAAGGUCUCACGCUUACUCACAUUCUUAUCUUGGAAGGAUGUCCGCAAAAGCGCCAAAGACAGCGACGAGAAAGGCGGCGGUGGCGGCGACGCUGGUGGCGUAGACGAUUUCGACUUAGCGGCUAACGACCCUACGCUCGGCACUGGUCCCAGCGUCGGCACCCGGAACAGCAAGAACAAGAAGGCCAAAGUCGGCUUACCUUGGGAUGUCUCAAGCUUCUACAGCGAGCAGGUUCCGGAACGCGAAGACGAAGAAGACGAAGAAGCAGAGGAGAUGAAUGCUGCUACCUUGCAACGACUCAAGCAGGCGGACGAAAGAACGAAAGGCAUGAACGCCGAAGAGUACUUGCACUUCUCGGAAUGCAGACAAGCUUCAUUCACCUUCCGUAAAGGUAAACGUUUCCGCGAGUGGGCAGGCUUUGGUGCGGUCACAGACUCAAAGCCCAACGAUGACAUUGUCGACAUUCUCGGCUUUCUCACGUACGAGAUUGUCACGCUGUUGACGGAGGAAGCUCUCGAGGUCAAAGCAGCCGAAGACGCUCUGAAGCGUGAAAGUGGCGGAGACGAGGAAAAGCGAGGCCGCAAGCGGAGACGUGAGCCAGGUUUGUUUGAUCCACCGGAGGAAGCGAGGACGCCUGUUGGACCAAAGCACAUCCAGGAAGCCUAUCGCCGUCUUCAGAAGCCAGACCUGAAGAGCCGCUAUAUGCACCACAUCCCGAAAGGAAAUUGGCGACGGCCCCUGAAGCUGAUAUGAACGAGUGUGUCUGUCUAUUGUCUGAUUUAGCGUCGGAGUUGGAGCGUUCGUUUUGCACAAGAGGCGUUAUGUUCCCUCCGUGUGUGACGAUCGCAGGAACCGCAAGCUGAUGGAGGCCGCCGCGCAUCCAGCACCCCGAGUAAGUUGUCGCGGGCUUAGGCUCGUACAGUCCAGAUAGCACGCGCAUCCAAUGUUAUUCUUCUGGGAC